CUGGAUCCUCAGACGGUGCAGACCAAGAAUUGGCAGGUGGAUGUGAUCGAGAUGAACGGGGUGAAAGUAGAAUUCUCCAUGAAAUUCACCAGCCGGGAUAUGAGCCUCAAGAGGACCCCCUCCAAGAAGCAGACCGGGGUCUUUGGAGUCAAAAUCAGCGUCGUCACUAAGCGUGAGCGAUCCAAGAUCCCCUACGUUGUGCGCCAGUGUGUGGAGGAGGUGGAGAAACGGGGCAUUGACGAAGUCGGCAUCUACCGGAUCUCAGGGGUGGCUACCGACAUCCAGGCCUUGAAAGCGGCCUUUGAUUCCAACAGCAAAGACAUCCUGGUGAUGCUGAGCGACAUGGAUAUCAACGCCAUCGCGGGGACCCUGAAGCUGUACUUCCGCGAACUGCCAGAGCCCCUCCUGACGGACCGACUCUAUCCAACGUUUAUGCAAGGCAUCG